GUAAUGCGGACAGAGUGUAUUGGUGUCUGAGUUUGGCGAAUAUGCCGUUUAUGGCUCCCUUUCUUACUUGUAUCGCGUACUACAUCAUGAACAUUUUUCGCAGAGUUCCUCUCUUCUCUUGAUGGGUCAGGAAACUACGAAAAUACUUCGUCUCAGCAGAAACAGAACGUAUGGAGCAUCCUCGUCGAUGGAUGAGAGAUUAGAUCGCAUGUGCUCGAUGUUCGCUCGUGUAUUUUUUUUGUCUGCUGAUGUCUUCCUUUCUUCCCUCCGCUGAUAAUAAGUUUGAUGAUGUGUCUUCUGCUAAUGAGUUUGCCAGUCGUGAGGAUUGGAACUCGAUCGCGAAGGGUUGGAUCAAGGAACACCUCCGAGUCACGUUCGGUCAUUAA